AUGGCCUUAUCAGCUGCCCUUUUAUCUGCUAGUAAAGAAAGAGAAUUAGAGAUGAUUAAUCUGAACAGUUCCAUGGAGGUCAUAAGCAGGGAGUCAAUUAUGGUGGCUUACAGUGAACCUGUCCAUCCUAUUAUGCAGUUUGAUCCAUCUGAUUCCAGUUACUUGUAUUUAAUGACUUCUCAUCAGAUUGCUCGUGUGAAAGUAGCUGCUUGUGACCAAUACACUAAGUGUACAGACUGCUUGGCUGCAGCUGAUGCUUACUGUGGAUGGUGUACUUUGGAGACCAGGUGUUCACUGCAGCAUGAAUGCGCCCAUUCGGAAGAGUCCUAUUUCUGGAUCAGUGCCAAUGAGGGAGUACAACAAUGCCCUUCAAUGACCACAAUGCCUUCAGAAAUAAAUAUCGAGAACGAAAAUGAGGGUAUGAUAAUCCAAAUAAAUGGGAACAUUCCAAAUAUGAACGGAAUGGAAAUAGCUUGCAAUUAUGGAAAUAAUAUCCAAACCACUGCUAAAAUUCAUCCCCAAUCUCACAACCAAGUAAUUUACUGCAGUUUUCUUCCCAGAGAGAGCUACCCAGCCUUUCCAUUAAAUCAAGAUCAUGUAAUUAUUCAAACUGCAGUCCAGGUCAACGGAAAAAACAUUGUGUGGGCCAAUUUCACCAUCUAUGAUUGCAAGAGAACUGGAAAUAUUUAUCCAAAGACAGCAUGUAUUAGUUGCCUGUCAGCUAAAUGGAAAUGUUAUUGGUGUCCUAGAAGAAGCUCCUGUGUAUCCAAUGUGACUGAAUGUGAGAAUUCAGUACAGAUUACU